ACCGAUCGCUUUGAUAAUCACAGGAGACCUAUAUCAAACAUGUACCUGCACUGUCAUGUGCUCUUUAAAGCCCCAAAGUUGUUGUUUCAUUUAUUUUCAUUGUUGAAUGAUAGAACUGUCAUGUGACGUGAUCGGUGAGUCAAGACAAGUAAGAUACUCAGCUGACGUCUUUGUGGAAGAUUCAUAUAUAUUGACUGAGUACCACUGUUCACCAUGGCUGCGGGGCCAUAUAACUAUUCCUAUAUAUUUAAGUACAUCAUCAUAGGUGACAUGGGAGUUGGCAAAUCAUGUCUGCUCCACCAGUUUACAGAAAAGAAAUUUAUGGCAGACUGCCCACACACUAUAGGAGUAGAAUUUGGCACUAGGAUAAUAGAAGUCUCCGGACAAAAAAUCAAACUUCAAAUCUGGGACACAGCGGGACAGGAACGGUUUCGUGCAGUGACAAGGAGUUACUAUAGAGGAGCAGCAGGUGCCCUCAUGGUAUACGAUAUAACAAGGCGCAGUACAUAUAAUCAUUUAAGUAGCUGGCUAACAGAUGCUAGAAAUUUAACUAAUCCAAAUACAGUGAUAUUUUUGAUUGGAAAUAAAUCAGAUUUAGAAGCACAGCGAGAUGUGACGUAUGAGGAAGCAAAACAGUUUGCUGAUGAAAAUGGUUUAAUGUUUUUAGAAUGUAGUGCAAAAACAGGUGAAAAUGUAGAAGAGGCAUUUUUAGAUACAGCAAGAAAAAUAUAUCAAAAUAUUCAAGAUGGCAGUUUGGAUUUGAAUGCAGCAGAGUCGGGAGUUCAACACAAACCUUCGGCACCUCGCAAUGCAAUUAACACAGAUCAGCCAGCCAAUAAAGAGGGAUGUGCCUGCUAGCUAUAUAUAUACCACAAAUUAACCAUGGACAGACAACUAAAACUGGAAGCCUCUGUAGAUAGAACCGAGCACAUUUCCUGGGGGAGUGUGGCCCAGAGUGAUAUUCAUGAGAAAAUCAUGUGCAGUUGAGACAGAGGAUGAUGAAAAAACUGGGAAGCAUUGUGCAAAUGCCCUCUAUUUGAGGGAGAAAUAAUAUAAAUAUAUAUACAUUGCUGUAUGAGGCACACUGGAUCAGUGAAUUUUGGGAGGGAACAAGUGUCGGAAAUAAGGAUAUAUUGUCAUUUUUGAGAAGGGCCAACUGCAUUUGGUCAUUUUUGAGAAAUGACAACUGAAAAUGCAGAGGUCACACUCUUACUAACCAUUAAUAAUGAGGGAAUGAUUGAGUGCGGUAAAAGUAUGGAAUCACUGCUUCGGGGACCAGAGAAUUAGUGGGUGCCUGGAGAAUUAGUGGGUGUGCGAGUCCACAUGUGCAUGGAACAUUAGGGGAAAGGGGAGCAGGGAUGGGGGCUGUUUACGCACUUUUUGCUUCAGAAAUAUAAUGUUUACUGUUACAGACACCACCAUGAUCAAUGUUAAAUGAUACAGAAACUGGAUGAUAUAACUCUGUAGUUGAAAUGUGACAGGAACUGUCCACCAAAGACUGAAAUUUGGAUCUCUCUUUGAGUGAUGCUGUUCAGCUCGAUAAAGAUGCACAUGGAAAAUAGUAAAACCUGUUAUAAUCAUAUCCAUCUCUUAAUUUCUGGGCUCACAACAACAGUAUUUCUUUUCUUUCAUUGGUUAAACAUGUAUUUGUUUUAUUAAAUAUUUUACAUUGUCAUGGUUUUGGUUCAAACCUUUGAUUUUGCGAAUGUUUUUGGCAAUUUGACUAAAACGGGAAUAUUGUUUGUGAACCCCACCUCUGUAUAUGAGACAGUGCAAUUACUGUGGUGCAAGCAAUGGUUAAAGGUUGUCCCAAAAUUCUUUUUAAGAUGUUUUGAUGAAUGCAGUGGCCUGAAUUACAUAUAAAAACAAAUCCGCCCCAUUAUUCUUUGCAUGGCACAAAGGGACACAAAAGGCUGACAAGCCAGGGAUUGGAUAAGAGUGGGAUGUGAAAUUGCUUUCACAGCUUAUAAGCUGUAUCUCUUUGUUCAGGUUUUUUCUCUUGAUUACAAUACUAGUUUGGCACAAUGUAGCAGUCUUAGCACU